AUGGCUACUUCUUUGAGUACGCCCGAGGCUAAUGUCGCCUCCGCCGGUAACGAAACCGCAGACGCACCCACGUUGAUCAAGAAAGAGCAAACAGCCAAACCCGACAUUACAGAGGCGCCCACAACUGCCCACCCGCAGGUGUCCAACGUGGACGAGAAGCCAGCUACAUCAGAGAAGACGGCCGGCAACACGCCGAGUUCGAAAGAAACAACAGCAGCAAGUGCCGCCGCCACGAGCCAUGAAGAGACCAAGUCUGCGUCAACUACGCCCGUGCCUGCAGCAGUCGCUUCAAGUACAGCUAACGACGAUACCGUCAACCCGCCUGACUUCCAGGGCGAGGUACAGACCGACAACCAUCUACCCAGCGUCCAGACCUUACGUAAGAUAGAGGACUAUACCGUCUUAGACAAUGACGGCAAGUCGCAUACCUUCAAGAGCCUAUACGCUAGCCACAAUGUCGCACGGCGCGUGCUCAUCAUCUUCAUCCGCCAUUUCUUCUGCGGUAACUGCCAGGAAUACCUGCGCACCCUAUCUGCCUCCAUCACGCCCGACAACCUGCUCCAGCUGCCAGUCAGCACCUUCAUCGCCGUGGUUGGCUGCGGCUCCCACGAGCUCAUCAACACCUACAUCCAAGAGACCAACUGUCCUUUCCCGGUCUACGCAGACCCGACGCGGCGUCUAUACAAUGAGCUGGGCAUGGUGCGGACACUAGCAAUGGGGGCGAAACCAGCCUAUCUGCAGGAUAGAUCAGUCGCGCACACCGUACUCUCCGGCAUAAGGCAGGGCUUGAAGCAAGUGAAAUCUGGACUCGUGACGAAGAUGGGCGACCAGCGACAAGUCGGCGGCGAGUUCCUAUUCGAGCCCGCGACCCUGGCAAUUGACACGCCCAUCUCGACACCGCAGGACGAGUCGGACAACAAAUUCGACCUGAGCAUCGAGGACGACAAAUCGAACUACGAGGGCAGCGUGAAGGGCGAGGAGAAGCGCAUCACCUGGUGCCACCGUAUGCGCAAUACGCGCGACCAUUGCGAAGUGCCUGAACUGAUGGAAGUCCUGGGCCUAGAGGGCGACGGCACUCCCAUCAAGGCUGGGAAGAGAUGGCAAAGGGCGCUGAAACAGAGGAAGGGCACGGGCUUGAGCAUGGCGAGCCAGAUGGGCCGCAUGGGUCUUGAUGCCAAAGGCCUUAAUGGCGGCACCAAGAAUGGUGCCAAGGCGUAG